CACUCCGCUUCCUCUGCAACCAUGUCUGACAAACCUGAUAUGGCUGAGAUUGAGAAAUUCGAUAAGUCGAAAUUGAAGAAGACAGAAACACAAGAGAAAAAUCCACUGCCUUCAAAAGAAAUGAUUGAACAGGAGAAGCAAGCAGGCGAAUCGUAGUGAGGCGCGCGCUGCCAGUAUGCACUGUACAUUCCACAAGCAUUGCCUUCUUAUUUUACUUCUUUUAGCUGUUUAACUUUGUAAGAUGCAAAGAGGUUGGAUC